GCGUGCAGUCCCAGAUAUAUAUAGAGGCCGCCAGGGCCUAGGGAUCACACAGGAUCCGGAGCUGGUGCUGAUAACAGCGGAAUCCCCCGUCUACCUCUCUCCUUGGUCCUGGAACAGCGCUACUGAUCACCAAGUAGCCACAAAAUAUAAUAAACCCUCAGCACUUGCUCAGUAGUUUUGUGAAAGUCUCAAGUAAAAGAGACACAAACAAAAAAUUCUUUUUCGUGAAGAACUCCAAAAAUAAAAUUCUCUAGAGAUUAAAAAAAAAAAAAAAAGGAAAAUGCCAGCUGAUAUAAUGGAGAAAAAUUCCUCGUCCCCGGUGGCUGCUACCCCAGCCAGUGUCAACACGACACCGGAUAAACCAAAGACAGCAUCUGAGCACAGAAAGUCAUCAAAGCCUAUUAUGGAGAAAAGACGAAGAGCAAGAAUAAAUGAAAGUCUGAGCCAGCUGAAAACACUGAUUUUGGAUGCUCUGAAGAAAGAUAGCUCGCGGCAUUCCAAGCUGGAGAAGGCGGACAUUCUGGAAAUGACAGUGAAGCACCUCCGGAACCUGCAGCGGGCGCAGAUGACGGCUGCGCUGAGCACAGACCCAAGUGUGCUGGGGAAGUACCGAGCCGGCUUCAGCGAGUGCAUGAACGAGGUGACCCGCUUCCUGUCCACGUGCGAGGGCGUUAAUACCGAGGUGCGCACUCGGCUGCUCGGCCACCUGGCCAACUGUAUGACCCAGAUCAAUGCCAUGACCUACCCCGGGCAGCCGCACCCCGCCUUGCAGGCGCCGCCACCGCCCCCACCGGGACCCGGCGGCCCCCAGCACGCGCCGUUCGCGCCGCCGCCGCCUCUCGUGCCCAUCCCCGGGGGCGCGGCGCCCCCUCCCGGCGGCGCACCCUGCAAGCUGGGCAGCCAGGCUGGAGAGGCGGCUAAGGUGUUUGGAGGCUUCCAGGUGGUACCGGCUCCCGAUGGCCAGUUUGCUUUCCUCAUUCCCAACGGGGCCUUCGCGCACAGCGGCCCUGUCAUCCCCGUCUACACCAGCAACAGCGGCACCUCCGUGGGCCCCAACGCAGUGUCACCUUCCAGCGGCCCCUCGCUUACGGCGGACUCCAUGUGGAGGCCGUGGCGGAACUGAGGGGGCUCAGGCCACCCCUCCUCCUAAACUCCCCAACCCACCUCUCUUCCCUCCGGACUCUAAACAGGAACUUGAAUACUGGGAGAGAAGAGGACUUUUUUGAUUAAGUGGUUACUUUGUGUUUUUUUUUAAUUUCUAAGAAGUUACUUUUUGUAGAGAGAGCUGUAUUAAGUGACUGACCAUGCACUAUAUUUGUAUAUAUUUUAUAUGUUCAUAUUGGAUUGCGCCUUUGUAUUAUAAAAGCUCAGAUGACAUUUCGUUUUUUACACGAGAUUUCUUUUUUAUGUGAUGCCAAAGAUGUUUGAAAAUGCUCUUAAAAUAUCUUCCUUUGGGGAAGUUUAUUUGAGAAAAUAUAAUAAAAGAAAAAAGUAAAGGC